AUGGAGAAAAUGAAUAAACUUUACCUUUGGAUUCUCGAUGGUGGUGGCUCUGGUGGUCAGAUGAUGAAUCCCAAUGGUGAGGAGAAGCAAACGGCCACGACCAUCGUUGUCGAUGUCGUACUUGUCAGCUCCCUAGUCAGGCGUCGUUAUUCUUGUGGUCGAUUGGCCGUAGGGAUCGCGUGGGGUCAUAUUUUACAGUGUCAAGGUUCGUCAGGGGGUUAUGUCGAUUGGCUCCUGCUUUGGUGGAUUUUCAUGGAGUUAUUGGUCAUCGAGUGGAGACAGACCCGCUGUUUUUUAAUUGAAAACACGAACACUAUGGCCGGCUCAUCUACAUCGCCACCAGUACAGGUACGCUGCACACCCGGCAUCACCACCGUUGAUGAGAACAAUUUUGCAGCAAUUUCUAUUGUCCAUCAAGACAUCAUAGAGACCCACAUAUUGACCCGGCUUGACGGCCCGACUCUCGCAUCCGCCUCCUGCGCCUCUACCCACCUCCUUGCACUCGUAUCGCAGGAAAACCUCUGGACCAACAUCUGCCUCUCCACGUGGCCUUCCAUCGACUCUCCACGUGUAAGACACGUCAUCUCUAGUUUCCACCACAGCUUCCGCUCCUUCUUCUCUGACGCGUUCCCAUUAGCCAUCGAACCCGCGAUCUCAGGAGACUUGUCGGAAAAUCCUAACCUUCCAUCGGAAUUAAUCUCGGCCGUUGAUGUUUAUUACAAGGAGGAGUUGAUUUUCAGUAAAGUCAUCGAAACGGAAACCGUAAGCGCUUGGUUCAACAGCUCGCCGUUUCGGGUGGAUUUAUUGGAUCCGAAAGAAGCGGUUUCGACCCGGAUACCAAACUCGGACAAGGACGACACGUGUCGGGAUCUGGAGGAAGAUAUGGAGUUAAGCUGGAUCAUGAUUGAUCCAACCGGAAAACGGGCGAUGAAUCUCUCGAGUCAAAGACCGGUGACCGUACAUCGACACUGGUUGAGCGGGGAGGUGCACGUGAAGUUCGCGUCGGUAAUAGGCGGAGGAGGAAACGGAGCAGCGACGGAGUGGGUGCAGUGCGGGGUGGUGGUCACGUGCGGGGGGUCAAUGGGAGGGGAGAUGCACGUGAGAGAGGUGAGUUUACAGUUGGAGGACAUGGAUGGAAUGUACCUUAAUGGGAAGGACAGUUUAGGAAUUUUGAAGAGAGGAUUGGAGGGCAAAAGGGGAAAAGGGAAGAGGAAGAAGGAAGUGGAGGACUUUUUGGAAAGGAAAAGAGAAAGAAAAGAGUGGAGAACGAAGAGGGAAGGGACUUUAGAUAUGCUUUGCGUUGCGUUUGGGGUUUCGGCGUUUGCUUAUUCCGCCUUGUUUUUUUUAAGAUAAAAAAUUUCAACAUGUAAAACUCCAUUAAAGUAUUAACCUGUAAAUGAAGAAAUUGAACAAAUUCCAUCCUAAAA